GCAGUGAGUCAUGACUCCUCAUACCUUAUCAAUGUGAUCACACUUGAAUCACUCUAGCUCAUAUCGACGCGCCGUUGCUCACCACACGUUGCAAAUGCGGUCACGGUGUCAGCAGACUUCGCGCUGCCUUGAGUCGCCAGCAAGUCACGCUGGUGACGCAGGAUCUUCACUCUAUCGGGAGCUGAAAGCUGGUUCCGUUGCUUGUCUGUCUUGCCAUGCGGAACUGCCGUCUUCGCACUGUGGUGGUGUGGAGGUGACUCAGCCCCUGUGUAGCCGGAAGAAGUCGGCUUCCGUGGCCAUUCCAGAAGGUCCAAAGGCCGACGGUGUGGCGAUUCAAGACCAUUCGCGGCCCUCCAGCAGGCAAAAUCUGCACUUGUGCACGCAAGAGGCGCAAACCACUUAUCGCUGGAGAAUUUUCGGGCACACUUCAUGUUCCCGAGGUUUGCACCCAAUCACCCAACUGCAAGGGAUGCGCAGUGCAUCGGUGAAGAACAGGGCCACGCAUGGCUCGUUUCGAGGGAUCAAGUCCGGCACCAACAGCCUGUCGUUGAAUGGGAUUCGUUAGCCGGGUGCCGAGCAGAGCAGUGAGCUGGCAGCAGGAGAUCAUUGUCAGGGCCGUUUGCGUCAACCACGAAUCGCACCGUGAAAUGGGGGCAUUCACGCAACGGCCGCACAGCAGACGGAGGAUGCAAAUGAAGAGUGUUGCAUC